AGAAACAAUGAGUUCAUCUGUUUCUUUGUUCCUCCUUCUGGUACUUAGUGAGAUGACUGCAGGUUUGUUGAGACAGUAUAUUUACAAUUCACAGUACAUGAACUGGUCAGAUGCACAAAAAUACUGCAGAAGAACCUACAAGGACCUGGCAAGCAUCACUAGUGAAGAUGAAUUCCAGAGAGCUGUACAGAGUGGACCGAGCUGGAUUGGGCUGAAGAGAAAUGAAUCCAUCCCAGAAACAUGGCAGUGGUCUGGAGGAGAACCAGCUAAUUUCUUCAAAUGGGAACAGGCGAGAUAUAAACGUGAUGAUCUGUACCAAGCCAGCUCUGAUUGUGUUAAAAUGGACACAUAUGGCUGGACAAGUGACGACUGCAGUGAUCCUGCCCCUUCCGUGUGCUACAGAAUUGUGAUCUUCAUUAACAUAAAUAUGACCUGGAAAGAUGCUCAUAAUUACUGCAGGAUGCAUUAUACUGACCUGUUCUACCCAUUCUCUGUAGCGAACCCAAGUGCGAUUGAAUCUGAAGGUGCUAAAUCCUCUACUGACAGUAUCUGGACAGGCCUGCGCUUCCUCAACAGAAAAUGGUUCUUCCUGAACGUGGAGAAAUUGGAGCCGCCAAAAUCACUGUCCUCGUGUCCCACUCAAAACUACUACUGUGGAGCUCGCAACAUUAAGACACAUGUCUGGGAGAACAGACGCUGCAACGACAAGCUUAGUUUCAUCUGCUACUGGUGAGGUUUCCAUCUGGGACAGAGAUCUUCCAGAAGAACUUGUACAAGAUGUAGAUGUACAGU